UUUAAUUAAAAUCAUUCUGAAAAAUGGUUGGCUUUGGACCGGCAGAUGUUCCUCCAUCAGCGGCUGUGAAGUUUGUAGGAGCAGGAACUGCAGCAUGCUUUGCUGACCUGCUCACUUUUCCGCUGGACACAGCCAAAGUGCGGCUGCAGAUCCAAGGUGAGACUGGGGGCUCUGCAGUUUUAGAGAGAGGGUCUACAGUGAAGUAUCGUGGAGUGUUCGGCACCAUCACCACUAUGGUUCGUACAGAAGGGCCCAGGAGCCUUUACAGUGGACUAGUGGCAGGACUUCAGAGGCAGAUGAGCUUUGCCUCUAUCCGCAUUGGUCUCUACGACUCUGUAAAACAGUUCUACACCAAAGGCUCAGACCAUGUAGGUAUCGGCAGUCGCCUGCUUGCUGGAUGUACUACUGGUGCCAUGGCAGUUGCUUUGGCUCAGCCUACAGAUGUGGUGAAAGUCCGCUUCCAGGCAGAGGCGAGGUCUCCUGGGAAUGCCAGGCGCUACUGUAGCACCAUUGAGGCUUACAGGACCAUUGCUAAGGAAGAGGGUGUUCGUGGCCUGUGGAAAGGUACAGCUCCGAACAUCGCACGUAAUGCAAUUGUUAACUGCACUGAACUGGUGACAUAUGACUUCAUCAAGGAUACCCUUCUGAAGUCCACUCCCCUGACAGAUAAUCUGCCCUGCCACUUUGUAUCAGCCUUUGGUGCAGGGUUAUGCACAACAGUGAUUGCCUCUCCAGUUGAUGUGGUCAAGACAAGAUACAUGAACUCGGCCCUCAGCCAGUACAGCAGUGUCCUCAACUGUGCUGUUUCCAUGAUGACCAACGAGGGACCACUUGCCUUUUAUAAGGGGUUCAUGCCAUCUUUCUUACGCCUUGGCUCCUGGAAUGUGGUGAUGUUUGUAACAUACGAGCAGCUCAAACGGGCCAUGAUGGCGGCAAAUCGCAACUACACAACUAUUCUGUAA